CCUCUCCUAUGGAUUUGUUCUCACUCGCUGUGUCGGGCUUCAAAGCCGUCCAGACAGUCCACACAUGCUACGCUAAGGCGAAGGAGCUGCACACGUUGGCCACUAAGGAGAUAGCGGUUAGUGUGGAGAAGCUGGCUGCUGCUUUACAGUGCCUACAGGCUCCGCUACGGCUCGCACAGUUGCUGCAUACGAGGAUGCCUACCAGUGAAGCUGUGAGCGCCUCUGUAGGGUUGGCACGUCAGGCUGUACGUGAGGCUGAGGAACUCAUCGACACUAUCAUGUCGCUCGAGAGUACCGAUGACGGCGCCAAGGAUGCCUCCCCUAAGGAGGAGGUCGGUGUUGGUGUCAUUGGAGCUGAGGAGCAGGCUCGGCGUUUGAGGGAUGUCAUAGCAGAUGUCUCCCUGGCAGCGCAGAUGUUGACCCUUGGCCUCACCGCGGUCCGUGCUGCACUUCCGGUCACAGAAGGGAUGGAGACCAUCAUAGGCCGUUGGGACUUUGACAACCUUGCGUUCUCAGAGGCUCUCACUAUGAUGAGGCAACUGGACAUGGGCCGGACCUCGAGCCGUGGGAUACUUCUGGCCACUGGCCAGCUAUGGAAGUGGCGUCCAGGAGCCUCGACAGCGACUAAGCACAAGCUGCUGUUGGAGCCGCAGUUUUUCUGUUCGGCUAGGCUAGCACUGAGUGGUAAGGAGGAGGAGGUCCUCGCUACUCUGACCCUUGCUCCGAUAGAGGACGCCAGUGAGCCCAGCGACGUCGCCGAGACGAUACAAGUGGUCCUCACUGAGGAAGGUCUCCAUGACUUUCGGAUAAGACUCCCAGAUGUCUCCUCGGGAGCCCUAUCCUUGCUGGCCACCACCGACAACACCAAUGACGAUGUUCUCGAGCGCUCAUUGUGCUUUAUGUGGACCGAUGAGGAGAGUACAUGCCGGUACGCAUUCGAGUUCGAGUGCUGCGGGUCGGCCAAGAUGACAGCGGAGGUGUUCGAGAUGGCCCUCUACCUGUCCAUGGCUCGCAACUCGAUGGAGCAUCCGGACUUGGGCAUAGACCAAAUGGAGGAGGAGGAGCUCCGCAGCUUCGUCCUGGAUCGUCUGAAAGUUGUCGAACCGCCUGGUCGAGUCCGGCGGGGUAGUCUCUUGCCAGCAGUGACUCCCGCCAAGUGA